AUGGCGGCGGACUUGGUUGAGAAGGCCAAAGGAGUGUCAUCCGAGGCAACUUCGGUCGUCAUGCAGAGUGCUCUCAAGGAACGAGACAAGAUGUUUUCCAGGCCCGGUGACGCUGUCCGUAGAAAGGACGGUCUCGUCGAGGACCUUGUCAGGUCAGCAGCUGCUGGCAUCGGAGUCAUCUCGGAAGCUUUGCAUCACCGGAAAGAGAAGAAGGCGAAUCAGCUACGGCAAAACGAUGCAACCAAGGACCCACAACCUUCCGAUAUUCCACCUCAAAGUCGACCGGACGAGGUCACAUCAUGCCUUGAGGCCGGGGACCAGGAGGUUACGACACUGAAGACAAGAUCGGAAUCACCAAAGGACUCGCAAAGUUCGGGCAGUCUUGCCGCGUCUUUUAUCCGUCGACACGCAUGCCCGGAUGGAGAGACCGUAGUAAAUGGGAAAACGCUUCCGUUGCCCGUCGUGCUGCCCCAGCGGCGGCCCGAGAAGAGGGCUCGGGGGUUCGUACGGGCCUACGCGCCGGUUCUUGCCGAGGUGGGCGUCGACCAAGAAACUUUCCUCGAUUUCAUAGACACGUUCAACAAGGCGCUGGAACCCAACCCUUAUAUCAACGCCCUGAACCUGGCAGGUUUCGCCGGGAUGGCAAUGCCGGAGCCGGCGUCGAUGCUCUUCGGGUUCGCGGUCGAGUACGCGACGGAAGCUCUCUUGGAGGGGCAGAGUCGCUACAGCUCCAACGCCUUCCUGGACCGCGUCAAUGCCCAAUACUUCGGCCCGCGCGGGCUCGUCUGUCUCGUCGUGACGUGGCAGCCGGGCAUCGGCGACAAUCAGCUCGUCGUCAACUUUGAGGGAGACGCGGCCGCAUCCCGCGACGAGACGGGCCCUUCCGAGAGAAUAGCCAGUAUAGCCACGCAGAAGACGUCGGCGGGGGUGUACUGGCAGGAUAUGAAGAAACAGAUGGGGGAGAGGAUGAAGAUGUCGAACGGCAACUUCGACAGGCUCGAGCCGGCACCGCUCGUCUUCCCGGCCGAUGGUGACGGGGCCUGGAGCGGAAGCGGCAUCGGGGCCAAGAAAAAGAAGAAUGCCUUGGAUCGGAUGGAGAUCUGGAUGGAGGAUAUUUCGGACAAGCGGGCCCAGACCAGGUGGGUUGAAGAAAACAGCGACAACCCGUCGGCAGGCCUGACGCCGAAGCACGACUUCCGAUCGCGGUACGCCGACCCUAGGCACCCGGCUGCGAGCGGCGACAUGGUCGCUCUAGUCACCGGAGGUCGCUGGGUGUACACGGACAAGAAGAACGCCAAGGAGGGCGCCGCUGGGUCCAAAUCGGAGACGGAUACACGUGUCGGCAAGUCCGAGGAAGGAGACAAGGGGAAGAAAUCCAAGCAAGACGAGAACGGCACAACAGAGAAGCACGGGGAUAAUGUCGGGAUUUCGGAUCGGGUCGCAGACAGCGAGAAACAGCAGAGGGGCGACGGGGACAGGAAAUCCGGCAAAAGCAAAGACGAGAAGGCCAAGAAGGCCAAGGACAAAAAGGCCAAGGAAGCAAAGGCUAAGGCGAAACGUGAACUAUCAGGGAAACAUGAAGAUUGGUUCAGCAGCUUAUUCCAAAAGGUAACCACAGUUUUCCGGUCUGCGAUGAUAUUUCGCUAA